AUAAAAAGAAGAAUUCUCAAUUAAGUGUGUGACUAAAGGAAAAAACAAAAAUAUAGGGGUUAGAUUGUCACUACACAAAACAACAUCCAUCUAUUUUGUUAUGUAAUCCCCCGCCGGGAAAUCCAUUCACCAUCAAUGGCGGCGACGGCGGAAUCCGAUCACCCACGUCUCAUUCUCCACAACUUUCUCUCCCCUGAUCUCUGUAAGGAACUUGAAUUUAUACAUAAAAGUUGCAGCACAAUUGGAUACAGACAAAAUGUGUUUUCAACCACACUUUCUCAUCUUAUUGCCACCAAUUCUUCUCAUUUAAUACUUCCCUUUAUUCCCAUUAGAGAGAAGCUUAAAGAGAAAGUGGAAGAAUUUUUCGGUUGCGAGUAUGAGCUUUUUGUCGAAUUCACCGGGUUGAUCAGUUGGACCAAAGGUGCAAGCAUCGGCUGGCAUAGUGAUGAUAACAGGCCAUAUCUCAAGCAACGUGACUAUGCGGCAGUGUGUUAUUUGAAUAGUUACGGUGUGGAUUUUGGUGGCGGUCUUUUUCACUUCCAGGACGGUGAACCUACAACCUUCGUCCCUAUGGCUGGUGAUGCUCUAAUAUACACUGCUGACAGUCGGAACAUUCACUCCGUGGAAGAGAUAACAGAUGGAGAAAGGCUCACCCUUACGUUGUGGUUUAGCCGUGAUAAAUCUCAUGAUGAAGAUAUCAAGCUCAUUUCAUUUCUAAGUAAGCGGCAGUUUGAUAUUUCUGACACCAGUUCAAAUCGAUACCUGCCAUCGCCAGCCUCACAAAACAUGUACUGGUUUCCGCCUGAACAUUCUUCAACUUAUGAGUCAGGAUUUGAUAUACGUUGUGCGAGACUACAUGUUUUAGGAUAUGAACUUUAUUCUGCAAAUGCAAGGUCCAUUGCCGAUGAACAUUCAUCAUGGGAUAUCUCUGACAUUCUUCUUGAAUCGCUACGUUUGGCACGAGGAAAUGACUUAUUUGACAAAGAAUAUGUCCAUGUAUCACAUGCGCUUCAGGUGGUUCAGUUUUACCAUUGGAAGGCAACCGAAUUGCAAAUAUCGAAUUCCAAAAUGGAUACCGUUAAAGUGAUACCAAUAUCUGCAUCACAGGAGGAUGACAUUUCCCGUUUGAAGCUUCAAGCUAUAAAGGAUCAACAUUUAGCAGAAGCUAUAUUCCUGUAUGGAACUCGUGGUGAGAGUGUGGAGCAUGAUUGGGUGAGUUUUUCUAACAUUAUUGAUUUAUGGGAGGCAUAUACGAGUAAGUUGUGGCAUAAUAUGGUUUUGAGCUUACCACAUUGGAUAGAAAAUCAAUCUAUUUUCUAUGAACCCAAUGGCGGAGCUUGAACUAUUAUGGUUUUCUCUUUAUUAAUUUUGUGUUUGAUAUUUAAUUAGACAAUAUUUGUAUUAGACAAUCUUUAUAUGGAACUUAAUCAUUAUAAAUAUUCAGUCCAACCCCGAAUUUGGAGGCACUGGAUGAGAAAAUGGACGGUCCGAUUUUACAAUGGAACUUUUUAGUAUCUAACCCAGAUAUAGACUAGGUUCAUUGAGUA